AUGAAUGUUUCCGUUCCGAACAUUCCUUGGGCUUCUGAGGCAAUUGGGUGUCUUUCCGAGGCUGUAAAUCUUUGGAUUGGAAACCAUUUAUCGGAGACUUCGUUUCAUAAGGACCAUUAUGAGAAUAUCUACGCUGUGGAGGGAAGAGAGUUUGCAUUGGAGCUUGACGAUCCAGUUAGGUUUGUGCCUUGGUGCAGUGUGAAUCCUUACCCUUCACCGGAGAAUAAAGAGAAAGGAGUGUCCGAGUUUCCUUUAUUUUUUGAAGGGCCUAAGCCAUUCGAGGUUACAGUUAAGGCCGAGUUUGAUGGGAUGACUGUCUUUUUUGGACUAGGAACUGUUUAUAUGUCCCCAAAGAGGUCCCUGGGUUAUCAUCAAUGUCGUUGGAGCUAUGACUCUGAUGCACGAGUUCGUGAGCGCUUUCCGGAUCCACAAUCUUUGGUAAAAGAUCUUCAUCAUACUGGUUUCAAAGCAAUCUGGAUGCUUGACCCCAGGAUCAAAUGUGAAGAGGGUUACUUUGUUUAUGAUAGUGGUUCUGAAAGAGACAUUUGGAUUCAAACAGCAGAUGGAAGGCCUUUUGUUGGGGAGGUGUGGCCUGGGCCUUGUGUUUUCCCUGACUUUACACAGUCAAAAGCUCGUCUGUGGUGGGCUGGUCUUGUUAAAGGUAUCAUAGCUAAUGGUGUGGAUGGUAUAUGGAAUGAUAUGAAUGAGCCAGUUGUCUUUAAGGUUGUAACAAAGACGAUGCCUGACAGUUAUGUUCAUAGGGGAGAUCUUGAACUUGGUGGUUGUCAGAAUCACUCACGAUAUUUCUUUGUUUCAAUGGAUAUGUAUGCUUCCGAACUUCUACUAAUGGUUUAUGGUAUGCUGAUGGCAAGAUCAACUUAUGAAGGCAUGAAAUUAGCUAAUGAAAACAAGCGCCCAUUUGUUCUUGCUCGAGCUGGGUUUAUAGGUAGCCAACGGUAUGCUGCAACAUGGACAGGAGAUAACCUUUCUAUUUGGGAGCAUCUCCAUAUGAGUAUAUCCAUGGUUCUACAACUGAGCAGAUCAAGCUUCCUCCGUAAAGCUUUACUUUGCAAAGUUUACUCCUCAUCAAUGGCAGCAACAGCCGAAACACAGACAACUUCGAAUUCUGCAUCUUCUUCCUCAAGACAGAUCGAAGAUGCUUCUCAUCCAUUCUUUCUUCACCAUGGAGACAGUCUGGUGCAUUACUGGUUUCUCAACCAUUAACAAAAGAUAAUUACAAUUCCUGGAAUCGAUCCAUGUUUAUGGCACUAAGUGCUAAAAAUAAAGUAGGAUUUAUCGAUGGAACUGCUUGUAAACCAUCAGAGACAGAUUCUCUCUUCAAUCCUUGGGUUCGCUGCAAUAAUAUGGUGAUUUCUUGGAUCUUAAACACUAUGUCGAAGGACAUUGCGAAGAGUGUUUUAUAUGUGAAUUCAACUAAGGAGAUUUGAGAUGAUCUCAAAGAAAUAUUCUCUCAA